AUGACAUCGAUUUCAUUUAGUGGCAACAACCGUGCGCUUCAGAUUGGAGAGAAUCGUGGCUCGAUCAACGCUGAAAUUUACCUGCCUCCAGAGCGACCAGAAACUCCGCCAAACCCUUUAUCAACGGUCCCGUUCGCGCGCGAUCCGGACUUUGUCAGUCGUUCUACACUGCUUCAUCAAAUACGGGAGAAAAGCUCCGUGCCAGGGUCGAAAAUAGCAUUGGUCGGGCUUGGCGGUGUCGGAAAAUCACAGCUUGCCAUUGAAUACUCGUAUCAGAUCCGGUCCGAAUCACCAGCGACGUGGAUUUUCUGGGUCCACGCAAAUUCCGGGGGUCGCCUGGAUCCUAAUAUCAAUAUAUUCAAACUGGUCGAAAACUGGCUCGGAGAUGAGAAGAAAGGGCAAUGGAUCUGUAUCCUUGAUAAUGCGGACGACAACAAGUUCCUUUGUUCGCUUCCCGCGGCGGGGAAGGGAGUUUCAAUUAACGAGCCACCAAACGCCUUAACGAAACCCCUUGUAGAAUACAUUCCUAGAUGCCGGAAUGGAUCUAUAAUCGUCACAAGUCGAAGCAGAGAGGCUGCGCUCAAGAUGGUCAAGCAUAAGGACCUCAUUGAAGUUAACCCAAUGGCAAAGUCUGAGGCACUUGAACUCCUUCAGAAGACGCUUGAUCAACCCGAGGAAAGCCAAGAGAGCCAGCAGUUAGUGGAAGAACUCGAAUUUAUGCCGCUUGCAAUAGCACAAGCCGCGGGCUACAUUCGAAACAGGGCACCUCGCUAUUCAGUAUCACAAUACCUCCGAGAUUUCCAGAAGAGUGAUAGCGAAGCGAUAAAGCUUCUCAAAAGAGAGGCAGGUCACUUUGACCGGGAUUGGGAAGCAAAGAACUCAAUAUUACUGACUUGGCAAAUAUCAUUCGACUAUAUUCGCCACGAAAAGCCAUCCGCAGCGGAAUUACUUUCCCUUAUGAGUUUUUUCGAUCGACAAGGGAUACCGGAGAACGUUAUCCGCCGCCAGCCACCCAGUAGCUGUACCUCAAGGACAGAGCUUUUCGACGACUCUAGCGACGGGGAAAUAUCUGAAUCCGACGGAGGAACGGAAUUUGAAGAUGAUGUCGCAAUUUUACGGAAUUACUCUUUCAUCUCUGUUAGCGAGAAUGGCGCUUCCUUUGCUAUGCACAGACUAGUGCAACUGACUACGCGCGCAUGGCUGAAUUCUCAUGGAGAGACAGAACGAUGGAAGGAAAAAUUCAUCGGCAAUAUGUACGAAGAGUUCCCGACGGGUCGAUAUGAAAAUUGGGGGAAAUGCCGGUCUCUCUAUCCUCACGUGCGAUCAGCGAUGUCACAACGGCCAGAGUCACGAGAGUGUCUAUUGAGAUGGGCCACGCUACUUUAUAGAGGCGCAUGGUUUGCGUCAGAGAGCGGCUAUACUAGGGAUGUGAGGGAUAUGGCAUCGAAAGCGCAUAAGUAUAGAGUCAAAAUGCUUGGCGCAGAGGAUGAAGAGGUCCUUGCGAGUACUUUGAUGUUGGCUGAAGCCUAUUCACUAGAGGGCCAAUGGGAGAAGGCGGAACAGCUCGAGGUGCAGGUCAUGGAGACUCGUAAGACGAAGCUCGGCGUGGACCAUCCCGACACGCUCACAAGUAUGGCCAACCUGGCAUCGACGUAUCGGAACCAGGGUCUAUGGAAGGAGGCGGAACAACUCGAGAUGCAGGUCAUAGAGACUCGCAAGAUAAAGCUCGGUAUGGACCAUCCCUCUACGCUCACGAGUAUGGCCAACCUGGCAUCGACGUAUUGGAACCAGGGCCGAUGGGAAGAGGCAGAACAACUCGAGGUACAGGCUAUGGAGACUCGCAAGAUGAAGCUCGGUGUGGACCAUCCUGACACGCUCACGAGUAUGGCCAACCUGGCAUCGACGUAUUGGAACCAGGGCCGAUGGGAGGAGGCAGAACAACUCGAGGUACAGGUCAUGGAGACUCGCAAGAUGAAGCUCGGCGUGGACCAUCCUGACACACUAACGAGUAUGGCCAACCUGGCAUCGACGUAUUGGAACCAGGGCCGAUGGAAGGAGGCAGAACAGAUCUUUGUGCAGGUCAUGGAGACUCGUAAGAUGAAGAUCGGCGUGGACCAUCCCUCUACGCUCACGAGUAUGGCCAAUCUCGCUUUCACGUGGAAAUCUUUAGGGUGUAAUACCCAAGCCCUUGAGUUACUACGAGAUUGCCUGGCCAAGCAGAAGCAAAUACUUGGGCUUAAUCAUUACGACACCAUAUCCAGUUCUCAAACUUUGCUGGAAUGGGAAACAGAGAUGUUGGAGACUGCUAGGUAG